UGUUUCCUCACGGACCCUUUUCUGAACGGCACCACAUUUUCAAAACAUGUGUUGUGAACGGUUGUGAAGCAGGAUUUAUUCUGUCAGUUUUUAACAUAUCAUAUUCAUUUCUCUAAAAUGUCCGGAGGUCGCAGCCUGUUCUCGGAGGAGGUGGUCCUCGGCUUCCUGGAGGAAGUGGAGCCGUGGCGGCUUCUGGCCCAGCAGUUCCCCAGCAAAGUGGGGGGGAGGCCGGCGUGGCUGAGCCGGACAGGCCUGCCCUCCCUGCCCGGGCUGCAGUGUGAGAUGUGCCGCCUGCCGAUGGCCUUCCUGCUGCAGGUGUACGGACCAAUUUCUGGUCAGGACAGAAGUUUCCACAGAACGCUCUUUCUGUUCUGCUGCAAAACUCACGAGUGCUACACGCAUAACGACAGCCGCUGUUUUAAAGUUUUCAGAAGCCAGGUAUCGAGGAGGAACGAGUUUUACGCCUACAACCCUCCACCAGAGGAUGAACCCCCGAGUGAUCCUGAGCCGGACCCGAAUGUGUUGUCCGUCUCCGGAGUGAAACUAUGCUGGGUCUGCGGUUGCCCCGGCAACAAAGCCUGCUCCCGCUGUCACAGCGUCACAUACUGUGGAAAACCGCACCAGACCCUCCACUGGAAACACACACACAAGAGGGAGUGUGGCAGCCAAGAAGCUCCCAUUGUCACAAAAUCAACCUUCCUCUUCCCUGAGUCUGAGCUGGUCACUGAACCAGAGGAGGAAGAGGAGGAGGAGGAUGAAGACACAAAAGAGUCUAAAGAAGAAGAGGAAGAGAAACAGGGUGCAGACUCCUUAGCAGACGCCCUGGCAGAGACAGACCUGGAGGAGAUGGCGAUGCACGAGACUGAAGACAACAAAAUUGUGCAGCGGUUCAAAAAGAGGAUUGCACCAGAGCCACACCAGGUGGUGCGGUACUGUCGAGGGGGCUCCCCCUUGUGGGUGUCUUCUCAGCACAUCCCUUCAGAUCAGGAUAUCCCACCAUGCACCUGUGGCGCCAAGAGGAUCUUUGAGUUUCAGGUGAUGCCCCAGCUGUUGAACAGUCUGUGUGUGGACUCUACAGGAGCCAGUAUCGACUGGGGGACACUCGCUGUCUACGCCUGCUCAGCCAGCUGUAACAAUGACGAUCAGUACUGCCCCGAGUUCAUAUGGAAACAAGACUUCAGCUCAGAUCGACUCACACAGACUCAACCUUCAUAAUAUCUGUCACACUGAUGCAUGUGAAGCUCAGACAACUCUUGUCAGGAAACUGGUUUUCUCUCUGACUGCAGUGAUCACACCUGUAGUGAUGUCCCUGUACUUUAUCUGAUCAAACUCCUCUCUACGAGACUUUUAAGGACAAUGAAGAUUUUUUUUUGGAGGGGCAGAUAUUCACCGUCUGGAUUAAUAAUAAAAGUUCAGAUAUUCAAACAGUUCUGCUUCCUUGCAACUCCCAAACCCUUUGUAUUAUUCUUUGACUUUUCACUGUUGGGAACAAUGCAUCGGUGGUGUUUCUGACUUAUGGGUUCAAGGUUUUUUUGCCAUAUACUGUACUGUUUAUACAUUAUAUAUGUUGGAGCCAAUACUCCACAAAACAAAAGGAAUAUGUGACUUCCCACACAAUGAAGUGUUUACCAACCUGUCUUAACAGCAGUGAUAUCAUGUUCUGCAUCAUUUAGUGGACAAAGUGAGGCAAAUCCUGUUUUGUUGUUAAAAUACUAUCAAAAUGCAAAAAGAAACAACAUACUGAUAUGAAUGUAAUUGUUUACAUCCCAUAAGAAAUAUAUAAUAAUUUCAAAUUAUC